UGAAAGCACUGAAGUGGCGGCGAUGAACCCGGCGGGCGAAGGAGAUGUUGAAUCGAAGCCACCGAUGGUGGUUGCGCCGGCGGAGAUGGCCGAAGCUCAGUACGUGAGAGCGAAGACGGCGGUUUGGUGGGAUAUAGAGAACUGUCAAGUCCCUAAAGGCGUAGACGCUCAUGGAAUCGCUCAGAACAUUAGUUCGGCGCUGGAGAAGAUGAACUAUCUCGGCACCGUCUCGAUCUCCGCCUUCGGUGAUACGAAUCGCAUCCCUAUGGCGAUCCAGCAAGCUCUCAACUCCACUGGAAUCGCACUCAAUCACGUCCCUGCAGGAGCGAAAGAUGCGAGUGAUAAGAAGAUUUUAGUAAACAUGUUUUGCUGGGCGCUUGAUAACCCUGCGCCUGCGAAUUUUAUGCUGAUUUCUGGGGAUAGAGAUUUCUCCGAUGCUCUUCACCAGUUGAGGUUGAGACGUUACAAUGUUCUCUUGGCACAGCCUCGUAAAGCGUCUGUGCCGCUUGUUCACGCCGCGAGGACGGUGUGGCUUUGGACUAGCUUAUCAGCUGGUGGUAUGCCUCUCUCGAAAAGCGAAAGCUUGCAGCUUAUUGCCAACGCGGCGGAGACGACACAGGAGCCAUGUGUUCCGUCAAGCCAACCUCAGGAUUCGAAUAAAUUCAAGGUUAAGUACAUUCCAAAGCCGUUGAAUCAACAGCAGGCGCCGAAUAAUUACCAACGUCAGCAACAGAAUAAUAGUCAAGGGAAGUUGAUUAAGAAACCUCAUGAGCUUUUUAGAAGUAGUGAGCCUUCUUCUUCCACCACCAUACCUGCUCCUCCCAUUUUACCCCCUACCAAUGUUAACCCUUUCCCUAAUCCUCAGAAUCAGUACAGUUAUGCUCAUAGACCUGGUCCUUAUCCUCCUAGGCAGCCUUACCCUAACCCUGAUCCUUCUUGGAAUAACGGAAACAGCAUCCAAAACCAUGCGCAGAACUAUUAUCCCAAUGCUUCCAGGCCAAGUGGUCCUAAUAUGCGACCACCUUAUGGUAAUGUUUUCCGUCCUUAUCGGCCAGAGAAUCUGCAUCCUCCUAUGAAUAAUGGUUUCCGACCGAGAAAUGACGGUCCUAGGUUUAUGUCUCCACAUGAUCUCAGCAACCUAAGUGUGUCUCAGUAUCCAAGCCAAACUCAAACUCAAAAUCGUCCUAAUUUUUAUCCUCAAGUUAGACAGGAGUUCAGACCAAAGAUGGAAUCAUCAUCUUCUUCUCUUAACUUAAACGGCGCAAAUAAAGUUUAUCUUCCACGGAGUAGUAGCGCCCCAGUAACCAGUACUACUACAACCACAGUGAACACCAAUUCCACUCCUCAGCCUCCAGUGGUUACUUCUAAAUCUGGUUCCAGCAAUGGUACGUGGGGGACACAAGAGGGCCCACCACCACCAACACAACCGUCUGAGUAUGUUCAAGGCCUUAUAGGCGUUAUCUUACAUGCUCUAAACAUCUUGAAAACCGAAAAAGUUAGUCCCACCGAGCCUAAUAUCUCGGAUUGCAUUCAGUAUGGAGAUCCUAAGCAUCACGGUACUGAUGUAAAGAAAGCUUUAGAGAGUGCAGCGGAGCAUCAAAUGAUCAUGGUUGUAAAUAUGGGUAAACUAAAGCUUUACCUUGGCAAAGGUGAACCUCUAUGGAACUGUGUAAACCCUUUAGGGGGAAACCCUAAGCAAUAUCCAAAUGCAGCGUGGGAUAGACUUAAACAGUUUCUAACCUCUUCCUCUGGACGUGUGGCGUUUAUGGCAACGCAGUGCAGGUAUGAAGCUGCACAGAUUCUGAAAAGGGAAUGCCUAAAAGAGUAUGCUAUAGGUGACAUAGUUCAGAUCUUGAAUAUAACAGCAACCUCGAAGAAAUGGAUUACUUAUAAUCAAACAGGAUGGAAACCAAUUACUGUUAACCUUGCUGUUGCUUCAGAGACUACAAACAAGAAAGCUACUGAAACCGUGACAGGUAUCCAACCUGUUGCCUGAAAUCCAAUCUAUGUUCCAUGAAGAUGUAGUAGUAGCCUAUAUGGGUACACUACUUUGAAUACCAAAUUUAGAGCACUAAGACAUGGAAAUUAGUGUUUUCCAUAUCAAAAAAACUUCAGAACUAUGAUGAUUCUGAAGUGGUACUAGUUAUUUUAGUAGUAGUAGGCACGGUUUUCUUUUCUUUCUUUUUUCCAUUUUACUAUCGUCGGUUCAUUACAAAUGAGUCAAGGCUAAAAAUAAGGAGGAUUGUUAAGGUUUGGACCUAUUGGUUGGGUUCUAUAAGAACCUUAGUGUUGCUCUCAAUAAGAAGGAAGAUUUGCUCAAUUUCAUCAUCUCAAGGAUAAACAAGUUAGUGGCAGAAGGAACGUUGAUUUGGGAAUCUCUGCAUCACCAGCGUUGUGGCAGUCUGUUUCUCUUGGUCUUAUGGGACUAAGAUACAUCUACUGUGAUAUGGAUGGAUGAUAUCUGUAGCUUCGCUAGUUUUUUUUUUAUUUACCUACGUCUUAUUUUGUAGUCUGAAUACUCUGAACCACGAAGCUUCAUUUUCUUUAUAUGAAUAUUAUGUUUUAUGUCAGGCUCUAAUUUAUAAAUAGCUAUAGAACCUUUUCUAUAUCCUAAUU